ACUCAACCAAGCAAACGUGUUUUUAUAUUUUCCAUGCUGCUUGAUAUGAUUUAUUUGCUCGUAAUGUGAUUUGUUAUGAAUCCGCGAAUAGUGUGUACUAGUAAAUCGAUACUGACUCAGAUUUACAGAAUAUAGGUAAUGCUCUACGAUAUGCAAUUGCGUUCAUUUGAGUGAUAUUUGUGUGGGAUUUUUCAAGAAGUAAUCCUGUCGGACAAUCUCGCAAACUCCUUUUAGUACAUUAUUGGGCUAGCAAGCUAGUCACAAUGACGAUCAAACGACAAAAGCAAGCCAAGAAAACCAUCAAUUUCUACAAACACAACUUCAGUUUUAGAGAGCCCUUUCAAAUUCUAAUCGACGGGACGUUUUGCCAGGCAGCGCUGAAGAAUAAGAUUCAAAUCAAAGAGCAGAUGCCGAAAUACCUCAUGGGGGAGGUGCAACUUUGUACUACAAAGUGAGUGGGGUUUGCUAUUGUAGUAAAUGUCACACUGUCAUGAGUUUUACCCAACGACAGUUUUUUUUAAACCUUAUGUCCUACAGUUGUGCGCUGAAGGAACUUGAAUCGCUGAAGGACCUCUAUGGUGCCAAACUCAUCCUGCAGCGGUAUCAGGUUAGGAACUGCAAGCAUUUCAAGAACCCUGUAUCUGCGUCAGAGUGUCUGCUGUCCAUGCUGGAAGGGACCAAUCCUCACCACUACUUUGUUGCCACACAGGUACGUGUUAGGUCGUACCUUUACUUACCUGGGUCAAUCAAUGGUCGUGUUUCCCUGCUCAGACCUUGCAUGAGUCAACCAAUGGUUGCAUGCCGCGUCAUCAACUGCCAAAUUGCUAUAACAUGGGGGUCAUGUUCCUCUGCUCAGACGUUGCUGAUGCAUGCCAGAUCUUACAACGCCUGGAUAGGUAUCAAUGCAUAUCAGGUAUCAGCUAUCCAGAUCAUAUGUUAUAGCAAUCUGGUGCCCUCGAUGGCGUGGCACGCAACCAUUGGUUGAUGCAUGCAACUUCUGAGCAGGGGAACACAACCAUGUGGUUAGCUGAUAGGUAUUUUAUGUAUCUAGGCGUGGUAGUUUUGGCAUGCGUCAGCAACGCUUGAGCAGAGGAACACGGCCAAUGUGCUAGACACUCGUCUCCUCAGGAUCAACAACCAAUAGUGCCACCUACCUAGCUGCAUACAUCCAGUCUAGACCAAAUGCAUUGAUUCACCUCUUCCUGUCUGAUGUUUAAUUUCCAGGACCAAGAGGUGACAGCAGGCCUAAAGAAGAUCCCAGGCGUGCCUCUUCUGUAUAUCAUCUUCAACACCAUAGUGUUGGACAAGCCCAGCCCGUGCUCGGUGAACCAUGUGCAGGCUGUGGCUCUGGGAGAGAUGGUCACACCAGCCCAGCAGCAGAGCAUCAACAGCCUGAAGGAGGUGCAGGGGAUCGGGCAGGAUGGAGAGCGCCGGGGCAAGAAGCGUAAGAGGAAAAUCUCCAAUCCUAACCCACUCAGCUGCCUGAAGAAGAAGAAAAAACAGCCACCGACGCAACCGCUUAAGACUGAGGGCGAGAAGAAGAAACGGAACCGGCAAAGGAAACGCAGCAAGCCAGAGGGUGGGGAGGGUCCAUCCCUCAAACCACCCCCAAACCCCUAGUGUGGUGGGAAGAGACUUGUUUAUGAGGGAAGUAAUAAGAGCUGAUUCCCAAAGGCUGAAUAUAAAAUGUAUACAUAUUUUUUUAUAGAUAAAUGACCGUUUAGAUCUUUAGUAAACACAUUUGCUCUGUAUUUGCCAGAUCAAUGGCAUUUUCAUUGGAAUUCAAGAGUUCCAACUUCAAAUGUUUGGAGAACAUCAACACAAUGAAUUCAGUCUUUUAUUUUAUUUUUAUGUUUCCUUUAUUUUGGCAGUUAC